AUGGUUGAGGCGGCAGCUGUUUUGAAGCAUGGGUCGCGGGGCGUAGCGGCCGCCCUGGUGCUGGGGUUUUUUGGCGUGAUUAAACCGUUACAGUUCUACUCGCGAGUGCUGGUAUACCUGCUGCUUAUCGCUGGAUGUGGAAUUUAUGGAGCUUUGGCGUCUAUUGUUUUGACAUUGGCUGGUAAACAAGGACUUUCCCAAUGGACUACUGCUCGUGUGUUUUAUACUUUGGCCAGAUAUAUUCUGGGAAUUAAAGUAGUCAUCUCGAACCCUGAGGCGCUUAAGACACGUCCGGCCGUGUUUGUUUCGAACCACCAGUCGGAACUCGAUAUCCUGAUUCUGGGGGCUACAUUUCCUCAGUACUGUAGUGUCACUGCCAAGAAGGCCCUGAAAUACUAUCCUUUCCUUGGCUGGUUCAUGACUCUCAGUGGAUCGGUGUUUAUUGACCGUAAAAACAGAUCCGACGCACUCAAGGCGUUCGACUCGGCCGUCAAAAAAGUCAAUCGUGACAAACAGAGCGUUUUCAUGUUCCCUGAGGGAACCCGUUCUUACUACCAGGAACCCGGUCUGUUGCCUCUUAAGAAAGGUGCGUUCCACUUUGCUGUACAGGGCCAAGUGCCUGUUGUGCCGUUUGUUGCAUCCAACUACUCCAAGUUCUUCUCGUUCCAAAAACGCAUUUUCGAGAAGGGUACCAUCGAAAUCAAGGUUCUCGAUCCUAUUGAGACUAAGGGCAUGACUGCUGCCGACGUUAAUAGUUUGUACGAAAAGGUCCAGACCAGCAUGAAGGAGACUGUUGACGAACUUGGCUACGGCUCGCUGUAUAAUGACAAGCUGAAAUAG